CGUAGGAGGGGGGGGGCGGCAUUUCUUCUGCCUCAUCUUUAUGCUCUUUAGCGUUGCUCUAAUAAAAGAGGAGCUUUUAGGAAGACUGCAAGCAAAACGCUAUCGGAGUCGUCGAGGAAGUAAUACGUUCAAAUAUUCCCCUCCCUUAUUAGUGCUUAUUGAACAAGCUGACGGCCGUGAUUGGUCCUUCAGAGACCAUUAAGUCAGGCCCUGAAAUGGCAUACUGCCCCCCCUGGGGAAGGGUAGAGAAGAAGGAUACACUGGGUGCCAGCUGAAGACAGGAUAGUGUGAAAGCAUAAAGAGAAAGAGACUGUGGGAAACCCCCUCCCCUCCCCCCCCCCCCCCGUGCCAACAUGUCAGCGGGGACGCCGGUUGUUCAGACCCCGCCCAUGGGCGUCAACCCUUCACCGCCAGAGGUGACAAACCCCAAUAAACCUGGCAGGAAGACCAACCAGCUGCAGUACAUGCAGAACGUGGUGGUGAAGACGCUCUGGAAGCACCAGUUUGCGUGGCCCUUCUACCAGCCCGUCGACGCCAUCAAGCUGUGUCUCCCCGACUAUCAUAAGAUCAUCAAGAACCCAAUGGAUAUGGGCACCAUCAAGAAGAGGCUAGAAAACAACUACUACUGGAGCGCCAGCGAGUGCAUGCAGGACUUCAAUACCAUGUUCACCAACUGUUACAUCUACAACAAGCAAACGGACGACAUUGUUCUGAUGGCCCAAGCUCUGGAGAAGAUCCUCUUGCAGAAAGUGGCCCAGAUGCCUCAAGAGGAGGUGGAGCUUCUGCCCCCUGCCCCCAAAGGCAAGCGCAAGCCUGGGGCUCCACCUACUGCAGGGGUUCAGCCGGACCCGGCUGUGUCUGCAGCCUCACCGCCCUUGACGUUCCCCAGCUCGCCCCCACCGGUGUCCCAGACGCCCAUCAUCUCCGUGGCCACCCCAGUGCCCACCAUCACCCCCAACAUCCCUUUGGUCCAGGCCACGCCCUCUGCCCCACCCAUGAUGCCCGUGGGCCCGCCAGCUCAGCCCGUCGUCAAAAAAAAGGGCGUCAAGCGGAAAGCAGACACCACAACCCCCACCACCUCUGCCAUCACCGCCAGCCGCGAGGACUCCCCCACGCCACAGGAGGCAAAGCAGGCCAGGCCGCCUUCCCGCCGCGAGAGCACGGGGCGUCCCAUCAAGGCCCCCCGGAAGGAGCUGGAGGACGGCGAGGGGGCGCCGCACGCUGCCAAGAGGGGCAAGCUCAAGGAGCAGCUCCGCUACUGCGAGAACAUCCUCAAGGAGAUGCUGUCCAAGAAGCACGCCGCCUACGCCUGGCCCUUCUACAAACCGGUGGACGCCGAGGCCCUGGAGCUGCAUGAUUACCACGAGAUCAUCAAGCACCCCAUGGACCUCAGCACCGUCAAGAAAAAGAUGGAUGGCCGGGAGUACCCGGACGCCCAGGGUUUUGCGGCUGACGUCCGGUUGAUGUUCUCCAACUGCUACAAGUACAACCCACCGGAUCACGAGGUCGUGGCAAUGGCCCGCAAGCUGCAGGACGUCUUCGAGAUGCGCUUCGCCAAGAUGCCGGACGAGCCUGCGGUGCAGAGUCCGCCUGCAAGCCCUCCCACCGUGGCAGGCGCGGCGGGUAAGGACGCGGCCAGCGGGGCGAGCAGCGCGGACAGCUCCAGCUCCGACAGCUCCGACUCGGAGGAGGAACGGGCCACGCGGCUCGCCGAGCUGCAGGAGCAGCGAUUCUCUGUGGAGGCCCCCAGUGGUAACGGGCAGGGGGAAAAAUACAGGUGCGCCAAAAGUUCGCAGCUCAAAGCCGUCCACGAGCAGCUUGCCGCCCUGUCCCAAGCCCCCGUGAGCAAGCCCAAGAAGAAGAAGGAGAAGAAGAAAAAGGACAAGGAUCGCAAGGCCAAGCCGGACGAUGAAAAGAAGGUCCGGGCCACUCAGCCGGCCAAGCCAGCCCAGCAGAAGAAGGCACCGGCCCGCAAGGCCACCAGCACCGGCACCAGCACCAGGCGUGUGAAGAAAGGAGUCCCGGGCGCGAGCUGCGAGUCUGACGAUGAGGACGACUCGCCUCCCAUGACGUAUGACGAGAAGCGGCAGCUGAGCCUCGACAUUAACCGGCUGCCGGGCGACAAGCUGGGCCGCGUCGUGCACAUCAUCCAGGCGCGCGAGCCCUCGCUGCGGGACUCCAACCCCGACGAGAUCGAGAUCGACUUCGAGACGCUCAAGCCCUCCACCCUGCGUGAGCUCGAGCGCUACGUCAAGUCGUGCCUGCAGAAGAAGCAGAGGAAGCCUUUACCAGAGAAGGGCAGCUCGGCACCAGGAGGGGGCGCCGCAAGGCUUAGCGCCAGCAGCAGCUCCUCUGAUUCGGGGAGUAGCAGCUCGAGUGGCUCCAGCUCGGACAGCAGUGACUCCGACUGACCCUGAUCCAGCGGCCAGCCUGGGACUGAACACCAUACUUCAUUCCUACCGUGUUUUAAAUGAGCAUCGUAUGCAGUCAGUGGUUGAUCCCCUUUAAGACUCAUUUUAUAAAAAAAAAAAUUACAAGGGGGGAAAAAAAGCAAAUGCAGAACAUUUUAAAGAUUUUUUUUUUUUUUUUUUAAAUCAUGGAUGUGGAGUUGACAUUUCUGGGAACUAUCUGGAAACGGAACAGAGCGACUUGGCGAUGCUUUGUAAUUGGAGAUAUGCAAUGAGAGACUUGUCCUUUCUGACUGGUGUUGUGAAAAAUCACGAGUUUUUUUUUUGUUUUUUUGUUUUUUUUUAAAGGAGAUCCCAGCAUGGUCUGGUGCCACAGCUUGGCCAGUCCCUCAGAUCUGAGCCGAUGGCAUCCUCUCCAGACUACUGUUAAACCCCCCC